AUGGCUCUCCCCCCAUCCCCAUCCUUGCCCCUUCAGAUGCUGUGUGACGUGGACCAGGUGACGGCAGUGCGGUUCAUCCUGCGGCAGCCCUCCCCGGUCUGGCUCCACUUCACCAUCGAGGAGCUGCAGAUUUUUCCCCCUGGACAGAAGAGCCCCCAGAAGGAUUUCCCCUCCUGGCUCUCCCAGCUGACCCCUCCAGAGCAGCCAGCCAGCCUGCACGGGACCCGGGUGUACGGCCGGGACCGCGUCAGGUUCAUGGAGAGCCUGGUGGUGGGGGACAUCGCCGAGCUGAAGCUGGGACAGGGCACCCUGACACUGCUCACCAAUGAGAGGGGCGGCAUCGUGGACGACCUCAUCAUCACCAAUGCGUCAGAAGAUCACCUCUACGUGGUGUCCAACGCCAGCUGUGCUGACAAGGACUUGGCCAUCAUGAGGGGCAGAGCGGCGGAGCUGCAGGCUGCCGGCAGUGACGUCCACCUGGAGGUGUGGGACAACGCGCUGCUGGCUCUUCAAGGUCCCUCCAUGGCACGGGUGCUGCAGGCGGGGCUGGCGGAUGACCUGGCCAAGCUGUCCUUCAUGAACAGCAUCGCCACAACGGUCUUUGGCGUGCCGGGCUGCCGGAUCACACGCUGCGGCUACACCGGCGAGGAUGGUGUAGAGAGCCCCCAGCCCUGCUCUGUAGCCCGUGCCCCCAUGCCGCUGGUGGGGCUGCUCAGCCCCAGGCAGGACCUGGCAGUGCUCGGGCAGCCUGACCCAGAAGAAGGGGACCCGGUGUGUGCCAUCGUGCAGGACAUCUCCCAGGGCAACCCAGGUGUGGUGACAUACAUGGUGGCAGAGGACAGCCACAGCCGCUUCUUCUGUGACGGUGACCUGGUGACGUUUUCUGGUGUGGAGGGGAUGACGGAGCUGAACAACCGGGAGCCCAUCCCCAUCCGUGUGCUGGAUGCCUUCAGGUUGGAGAUCGGUGACACCAGCUCCUUCUCGCCCUACCGCCGUGGGGGUCUGGUCUCGCAGGUUCGGCUGCGCAAGGUGCACUCCUAUUGGGCCCGCGAUGAGUUUGAGGGGCUCUUCCAGCUGCCUGCGGAGCAUGUCAACCAGUUCAUGGAGUGA